UACACCGAUAAGUAAAGGGAAAGAGCGAGAAUCCCUAUAAUAAACCCCUUUGAAGAAACCCCGUAAAUGUCUAGCAUAAAUUUAUAUCAGGUGUAUUUGCCAUUUGUUUAAUUUAUACGUGCUUGGCUUUUUGUUUCCCGCCAACUACGAAUGAGUACUGAGUGAUCAACAAAUCCAAACCACUGUCAGGACAACUGAGAAACUUUUUGUUUAGUGUAAAGUUACGUUCUUCGGCAUUUGUUAUUUAGUGCUCAUAUUAUAGAUAUGGAUUCUUUAGCGUACCUUGCUUACGACUUCAAACAUCCAUUUAAAAGACUGACUAUUCAGAUUAUAUGUGCAGGUGAUUUCACGGAACCGCUGAAAAUCGCUUUGUUGGCGGAUAACAAACAAAACUUUGACGAAAAGCUCCAUUACAACUUCUGUGAGGAUUUGGAGGAGUGUCUCUCCUGGGUGGAACGACAUGGAAACUCACCUGAAUAUAUUGUUAUCAUUAUAGACCCAAAAAAUAGAUCAUGUAUUGAAAUAGCAGAAGACAACAUCAAGAAGUUAGACUCGACGUUCAUAAGCGGAGGGCGGCUAUGUUUAGUGAACGGGGCAUGCAGUAUCAAGCCUACUGAUAUGGGAGUGGGACUGGGCCACAUCAAUGUCCUGGCCCAGAAAUAUUCCGUCAUCUUGAUCAACGGUGAUGUUAUGGUCCCGGACAAAUGUCAAAACCUCGCAACAAGAAUUUCUGGGCUUGCUAGUGCGGUUUGUGGAUUGAACACUGGGAUUCCCUUUAUCGUGGAUAUCCCAGGGUAUGAUGAAUUAUUCCAGUAAUGUCCGUAUUCCAGUGGAAUUUGGAUCUACCUUCCCUAGUAACUUAAUAAAUCAUUGAAAUAGAAUGCAAUGUUGUGGAAAUGUUUGUUAUUUAUUAUUAAGGCAAUGUUAUGUAUAUUUCCAAAAUGGAAAGUUGGAUAUAGUUGAGAUUUUCAAAUGACAACCUUCUUUUUGUAACCUACCAAGAUCACUGAAAACAAAUUAAUUACUGAUUAAAAUUGUUAUAGCCUAUAGAAAAUUUAUAACUUGAUUUCUAAGUUUAUAAAACUUUUUAAAUGGUCAAGAAAGUCAAUUCUCCCAGUAGAAUUUACAAGGCUAUUUUAAAUUUGCAUUACAUUUUAUCUUCACGUUGUUUCUUUUUUUUCCAAAUAGUGGGCGGUAUUAACUCAUACUUUAGAUACUACAACCCUAUAACUCCUCAAAAAAAGUAGGAAGCAAAUGAUUAUUUUUUUAACAUUCAAAAUGCUGAUCCGUCAUAAAUGUUGCACUCCAUAUUUCUGUUUCAACUGUACUAACAUUUUAACUCUAAAAUAAAAAAUAUUUUUACAUCCCUAGUGUUUAAAUGAAAAGAUUUACAAACAAACGUGUUUUCUAUUCAGGUCACAAAUUAAAUAUUGAAAAGGGGGAGAUUGAAAGAAAACCUGUUUUUGAAAUGGGUGAAAUAAAAAUUAUUUUUAUUAUUUAAAAUUAUGCUAAAAAGGGGUAGGAUAGUUUAUAUCAACCAUGUAUAUUUAAAAUAUUGUAUUUUCAUAUGUAAUUAGGCUUUUAUAUUUUUAUUACUUUAAUAAAUGUUGUGUAUAUAAACAUUGA